AUGGCCGACAGAGAUGUUCUCCCCGACGUGGUCAAGCCGUCCAACUAUGCUAUCUCCCUCUUCGAUCUCGAGCUCGGCGGUAGCUGGACCUACCAGGGCAAAGUCGACAUUGACGUCGAGGUCAAGCAAGAGACCAAAGAGAUCACCUUGAACACCCAUCAACUCAAGGUCCAGAGCGCUCAAAUCUCGUCCGAGCAGGGAAAGACCGAAGGUGCCAUCAAGGCCUCAAACAUCACCUACGAUGAGAAGAACCAGAGGGCAACCUUCCACUUCGACCAGCCAAUUCCUCAAUCGCACAAGGCCGUCGUCUCGAUGGCUGGAUUCUACCGUUCAAAGUACAAGCCUACCGUCCCUGCCGCCGCAUCUGUCCCCAGAGACUCGGAAUACCACUACAUGUUGUCCACUCAGUUCGAGUCUUGCGAUGCUCGUAGAGCCUUCCCUUGCUUCGACGAGCCCAACCUCAAGGCGACUUUCGACUUCGAGAUUGAAAUUCCAGAGGAUCAGACCGCCCUGUCCAACAUGCCCGAGAAGGAAGUCAAGAAGGGCAACAAAUCUGGCACCAAGGUCGUUUCUUUCGACCGUACCCCUGUCAUGAGCACCUAUCUCCUGGCUUGGGCGUUUGGAGACUUUGAAUACAUCGAGGACUUCACCAGACGCAAGUACAACGGCAAGAAUCUCCCCGUCAGAGUCUACACCACCAGAGGUCUCAAAGACCAAGGCAAGCUGGCCCUCGAGAGUGCUCACCAGGUUGUCGACUACUUCUCCGAAAUCUUCCGUAUCGAGUAUCCUCUUCCCAAGGUCGACCUUCUGGCCGUUCAUGAGUUUUCACAUGGCGCCAUGGAGAACUGGGGUCUCAUUACAUACAGAACCACCGCCGUACUCUUCGAUGAGAACGCCUCGGACCAGAAGUACAAGAACCGCAUUGUCUACGUUGUUGCCCACGAACUUGCUCACCAAUGGUUCGGCAACCUUGUGACUAUGGAUUGGUGGAGUGAGUUGUGGUUAAAUGAAGGCUUUGCUACAUGGGUAGGUUGGCUUGCUGUCGAUCACCUGCACCCCGAUUGGUCUGUCUGGUCUCAGUUUGUUACCGAAUCCAUGCAAACCGCUUUCAGCCUGGAUUCCCUAAGAACCUCUCACCCCAUCGAGGUACCUGUCAGGAACGCACUGGAGGUUGACCAAAUCUUCGACUCCAUCAGUUAUCUCAAGGGAAGUUCAGUCAUCCGUAUGUUGGCUUCUCACUUGGGUGUUGAGACUUUCUUGCACGGUGUUGGAGACUACCUCCAGGCCCACAAGUACACAAACGCCACCACCAGUGACCUUUGGUCUGCUCUCAGCAAGGCCAGUGGCAAGGACGUAAACACUUUCAUGGAUCCCUGGAUUCGUAAGAUUGGUUUCCCUGUCGUUACCGUGGCAGAAGAGCCUGGUCAGAUCAGUAUCAAGCAGUCUCGUUUCCUCAGCGGUGGAGAUGUCAAGCCUGAGGAAGACGAGACCACAUGGUGGAUCCCUCUUGGUCUCAAGUCUGGCGCAAACAUCUCCGAGGCUGCCAGCGGCUCUCUCACUGCCAAGGAAGACACUAUCCGUGACAUUGAUGACAGCUUCUACAAGCUCAACUCUGAACAGACUGGUUUCUACCGCACAAACUUGCCUCCUCAGAGACUCACACAACUAUCAACUCAGCUCGACAAGCUCUCUCCUCAAGACAAAAUCGGUCUGAUCGGUGACGCUGCAGCUCUUGCUAUUUCGGGCGACGCAAUUACCGCUGGUGUCCUCUCUUUCUUGGAGGGCUUCACUAAGGAGACAAACUACCUUGUAUGGUCCGAAGUUCUGUCGAGUCUCGGAAACAUUAGAUCUGUCUUUGCAGACGACGAGCAGGUCUCCGAGGGUCUCCGCCAGUACACACUGCGUCUCGUUAGCGACGCUACUGACAAGAUUGGUUGGGACUUCGCUCCUAACGAGGACUACUUGACCGGUCAGCUCCGUGCUCUUCUGCUUGCCUCCGCUGGUAUGGCAGGCCAUGAGGGUGUUGUCGCUGAGGCCAAGAAGCGAUUCACUGCUUACACUGAGGGCGGCGACAAGAAGGCUAUCCACCCUAGUUUGCGUACUGCUACCUACAAGAUCGCCGUCAAGGAGGGAGGUAAGGCCGCCUACGACGCUGUCAUGAAAGAGUACCUCAACACAACCUCUGUUGAUGGCAAGGAGAUUGCUCUCCAAGGUCUUGGUAGAGUUCAGUCCACUGAGUUGGCCCAGGAGUACCUCAAAUGGUCUUUCAGCGGCGCCGUCGCCACUCAAGAUCUGCACACUCCUUCCAGAGCACUGGCUCUCAACUCAAAGACCAAGCUCGAAGUAUGGCACUUCAUCAAGGAGAACUGGAGCAUGCUGAGAGAGCGUCUUGGCAACAACAUGGUCGUUCUCGAGAGAUACCUCCGCAUGAGUCUUAACAGAUUCUCGAGCUUCGAGGUCGAGAAGGAUAUUGCCGAUUUCUUCAAGGACAAGGACAAUGCUGGCUACGACCGUGGUCUUGCUGUUGUCAGUGACACGAUCAAGGGCAGAGCCAGAUACGCACAGCACGAUCUUGAGAUUAUUAGAGAGUGGUUGUCGGCUCACGGUUACAUCAAGUAG